CAGUUCGUAUAGGGAUCGGUGGAAAAAAACACACAAUUUAGAAAAAGUUUUGAUUUUUCAUCAAACAUUUGUCUUUUGAUUGUUCCGAAAAUCGAUUAUUUUUAGCUUUGUCAAUUCGCAUCAAUUAAAAUGAUUAGAAAAAGUUGCUUAUUAUAAUUAACAGAGCCAUGCAUGAAAUGGCCAUGCAUUUCUUUUUCGAUUUCUUUGAACCUACAUUGUACAAUCACCAUGACCCAAAUACACGAAAUGUGGAAGAAAGAAUUCAAUUGCAUGCAUAUCUCUCUCUGUAUGAUGUGACCACAAUUGUUGACUGAACAACUUUUAUAUUUCGUGGGUUCCGUGAAUUUAAGCACUGUUAUGCUGCGCUGAAUAUCAGUAUUCCGUCGGUGCUCAAUCCAUUCACACGAUCGCAUCGAACACACUAUCAAUCGAAAUACAACACAUCUGGCGAUAAUUCCAACGCGAAACAGUUAAUAGAUUAUUUCGGUUAUCUGCAUUUCAUCGCGUCUCUGACGUUCAAGUGCUGUUUGUUUACCGGAAACAUUUAAGUGGCGAAUUUUCGAUUCGCAUUGUUAGUUCGAUUUGUAUCCCUGUUCGAGGCAGUUCAUACAUUUGACAACAUGUCGUUUUUUGAAAGAGUGAACAAAUUUGUGGUCGUCUGGACUUUGAGCAUUUUGUUUAGUAUCCUAGUUGCGGUGCGAUUGAUUUUUGCAUAUAUUGUACACUGUACAUCAAUACCAUGGAAGCCAAAAGAUCGCAUUUUAAUGGAACAACCAGCUUGUUUCUCUGAUCCAACAUACGGAACACACAAAUAUGCUACGGUUAAUAGAAUUCGUUUGCACUAUGUGGAAUCUGGUGAUAAAAGUAAACCAUUGAUGAUAUUUGUGCAUGGAUUUCCCGAAAUGUGGUAUUCUUGGCGCCAUCAAAUUACCGAAUUCAAUAAGGAAUACUGGGUGGUUGCUAUCGAUCAGCGUGGCUAUAAUCAGUCAGAAAAACCAAGAGGGAAACAUAAUUAUAAAAUCGAAAAUAUGAUUGUCGAUUUAAGAGCACUCGUCCAUCACUUGAAUCGCAAACAAUGCAUACUGGUGGCUCAUGAUUGGGGCGCAUUCGUUGGUUGGGAAUUUGUGGAGCAAAAUAAAGAAAUGGUACAAAAAUACGUGAUGAUGGGUGUUCCGAGUCGAAGACAAUACUACAAAUUGGCUCUAAGUACAAUGGAUCAAUUUAAACGUUCUUGGUAUUUUUUCGUCUUUAAAUUCCCAUAUUUAGCUGAGGAAUUGUUGACCGCUGGCGAUUAUGCGAUAUUCUAUGAAAUGUGGAAUCGAAAAUUUACGGAUAAUUUCACGGAAGAUGAUUUGGAAGCGUACAAAUACGUGUUUUCAAAAUCAGGCGCAAUCACUGCUGCACUCAAUUAUUAUCGAGCAAACUCGUCGUUCAUCUGCGAACCAGCAAGGGAGAAAGAUGAUGGUGCCAAAGGAAUGUUCAUUUUGGGACAACGUGAUGCUGCUAUUUCCCAUGCUGCCUGUAUUGUUAUGGCCAAUGAAUGUCCAAAGUUACGCGUUGAAGUCAUUCCAGGUGCUAAUCAUUUCGUUCAUCAAGACGCACCGAAGGCAACGAAUACACUAAUUCACGACUUUCUCGGACCUGCCUCAAAUUACAAAGUCGAAACACUCACGUAGACAUAGAAUCAAUGCAAAAAUAAAUAUGACAAAAAUGACGGACCGUGUUAUCAUUUGUUAUAGUAAUGGUCAGUGAAAUCAUUUCUUGGAAAAUAAUAAAAUGGAAAAAGAAAAGAAUAACGUUUUUUCAAUAUCUCUAAGAUUAUUUUUCCUACUAACAAUUAUUUUGUUCGUCGAAUUUGGUCCGAAGUUCGUGACAUAAUGCACAAAAUACGGAACACACAUAUAUGCCACGGUUAAUGUGAGGAAAUGAAUACAGUUUCAGUGGUUGUCAUCGUUCAGUGAAAUAACAUAAAAAUAUGUGAUUGUAGGGGAUACGUUUGCAUUAUGUUGAAUCUGGUGAUAAAAGUAAACCAUUGUUGAUAUUUGUUCAUGGUUUUCCCGAUUUUUUUUUAUUCAACAAGGAUUUCUGGAUUUCAACCAUUUCGCCAAUAGCUUACGUUGUUAUGGCAAGAAAAUAUCCGAAGUUACGCAUCGAAACCAUACCAAACGCCAAUCAUAUUUUGCACCAACACGAACCUAGUGCAACAAAUCAGU